AUGCUUAACUCUCUUUCUACUUGUGCCCUUUCUACGGCGUUUCACUCCUCCGGUAAUGCCUUCUCUUGCUUCGUUCCCAUGGGAUUGAAAUUGAGCAGGAAACCGAGUGGAGCUACGUUUUCUCGAGUUUUCUCCCGUAAGAUUAAGGAUCGUUCUACACUUAAGGUCUCUUGUCGUCGUGCAGACCAACGUGUGGUCGAGGAAGAAGCAGCAUCUCCAAUGACGGAGACGAGACAAUCCUUCAAUGUUUCCUCUGGUGAGAAAUCUCCUCUUGGUGUCUCGCAAGUCGACAACGGAAUCAACUUUGCUCUCUUCUCUCAGAACGCCACUUCUGUCACACUCUGUUUAUCACUUCCCCACAGUAAUGAGGCUAAUGUGAAUGAUGAUGGUAUGAUCGAGUUAGUUUUGGAUCCCAACAAAAACAAGACUGGGGAUACUUGGCACAUUUGUGUUAAGGAUUUACCUCUCAGAAAUGUCCUUUAUGGUUACCGUGUUGAUGGUCCUGGGGAAUGGAAUCAAGGACAUCGGUUUGACAGUAGCAUUGUGCUUUUGGAUCCCUAUGCAAAGCUAGUGAAGGGCCGCCGCUUUUUUGGAGAUAGUAGCCCAAAAUUUGCUAAAUUCUAUGGAACUUAUGACUUCGAGAGCUCACCAUUUAACUGGGGAGAUGAGUACGAGUUUCCUAACAUACCUGAGAAGGAUCUUGUUGUUUAUGAAAUGAAUGUUCGUGCUUUUACUGCUGAUGAAUCCAGUGGGAUAGAUUCAGCUAUAGCGGGCAGUUAUCUUGGUCUCAUUGAGAAGAUCCCACACCUUGUAGAUCUGGGUAUAAAUGCAGUGGAGUUAUUGCCAGUGUUUGAGUUCGAUGAACUGGAGCUUCAGAGGCGCCCAAACCCUAGAGAUCACAUGGUUAACACUUGGGGUUACUCGACAAUUAACUUUUUUGCUCCAAUGAGCCGUUAUGCUAGUGGUGAGGGAGACCCUAUUAAAGCUUCCAAAGAGUUUAAAGAAAUGGUCAAAGCCUUGCAUUCUGCUGGUAUAGAGGUCAUUUUGGACGUGGUUUAUAAUCAUACCAAUGAAGCAGAUGAUAAAUACCCUUACACCACUUCAUUUCGUGGCAUAGACAAUAAGAUUUAUUACAUGCUUGAUCCAAACAACCAACUGCUUAACUUUUCCGGCUGUGGGAAUACGCUGAACUGUAACCAUCCUGUUGUUAUGGAACUAAUCCUAGAUAGCUUAAGGCACUGGGUCACUGAAUAUCACGUGGACGGUUUCCGAUUUGAUCUCGCUAGUGUGCUUUGCCGAGGAACAGAUGGAUCUCCACUCAAUGCUCCCCCACUUAUAAGGGCAAUUGCCAAGGAUUCCGUUCUGUCAAGAUGUAAAAUAAUUGCUGAACCUUGGGAUUGUGGAGGAUUAUAUCUAGUUGGGAAGUUUCCAAAUUGGGAUAGGUGGGCAGAGUGGAACGGGAUGUACCGGGAUGAUGUUAGAAGAUUUAUCAAGGGUGAUAGUGGUAUGAAAGGAAGCUUUGCUACUCGUAUUUCUGGAUCUUCUGAUCUUUACCAGGUUAACCAGCGGAAGCCUUACCAUGGUGUUAAUUUCGUGAUUGCGCAUGAUGGAUUCACGUUGCGAGAUCUUGUAACAUACAACUUUAAGCACAAUGAGGCCAAUGGAGAAGGAGGAAAUGAUGGAUGUAAUGACAAUCAUAGUUGGAACUGUGGUUUUGAAGGUGAAACUGGUGACGCUCACAUCAAGUCCUUACGUGCUCGGCAAAUGAAGAAUUUUCAUUUAGCUUUGAUGAUUUCUCAGGGAACACCAAUGAUGCUAAUGGGAGACGAAUAUGGACAUACGCGGUAUGGUAAUAACAAUAGCUACGGACAUGAUACCGCUCUCAAUAAUUUCCAGUGGAAAGAGCUCGACGCAAAGAAGCAGAACCAUUUCAGGUUUUUCUCUGAGGUGAUCAAGUUCCGACAUUCACACCAUGUUCUCAAGCACGAAAAUUUCCUCAGCAAAGGAGAGAUUACAUGGCAUGAAGAUAAUUGGGGCAACCCUGAGAGCAAGUUCCUAGCUUUCACGCUCCAUGACAGUGCAGGUUGGCGUGACAUCUAUGCAGCAUUCAACGCGCACGACUACUUUGUCAAGGCUCUGAUUCCACCGCCACCGCCGGGAAAACAAUGGUUCCGUGUGGCUGACACAAACCUUGAGUCACCGAAUGAUUUUGUAAGGGAAGGUGUGGCCGGCGUGGCGGAGACCUACAAUGUGGCUCCAUUCUCUUCGGUCCUUCUCCAGUCCAAGUAA